CUUGUGUUAACAGUGGGAUUACUGGCAGUGGUAGUCUACUUGUACACAGUAGUGGCAUUCAAUUUUUUCCGUAAAUUCUACAACAAGAGUGAAGAUGGAGAUAUGCCAGAUAUGAAAUGUGAUGAUAUGCUAACAUGCUACAUGUUUCAUAUGUAUGUCGGAGUGCGUGCAGGCGGAGGCAUUGGUGAUGAAAUUGAGGAUCCAGCAGGAGAUGAAUAUGAGAUCUAUCGGAUCAUCUUUGACAUUACUUUCUUCUUCUUUGUAAUUGUCAUUCUGCUAGCCAUCAUACAAGGUUUAAUUAUUGAUGCUUUUGGAGAGUUAAGAGACCAACAAGAACAAGUUAAAGAAGAUAUGGAGACCAAAUGCUUUAUCUGUGGGAUAGGCAAUGACUACUUUGACACGGUGCCCCAUGGCUUUGAAACACACACCCUGCAGGAGCACAACUUGGCCAAUUAUCUAUUUUUUCUGAUGUAUCUCAUUAACAAAGAUGAAACAGAGCAUACAGGACAGGAAUCCUAUGUAUGGAAAAUGUAUCAAGAACGAUGCUGGGAGUUUUUCCCUGCUGGUGACUGCUUCCGAAAACAGUAUGAAGACCAGCUCAACUAAAUAUGAAUGAGGAUCGCCACUGAAAGUAUAUCUAUCCAUCUCCCAACUCUUUAGGGAAGAACUGAUUUCUCGACUCUCCAAAGCUGUGUGCUUUUUGAAGCACCAAAGUUAUGUUUCUCAUUGCCUGACUGUGCUGGGUUUUUUUCCCUUGUUUAUUUUCUUUGAGAACAGUGGAGUAAAGAACAAUGAAAACUUAAAACAAGCAACUCAUAGAGGGGAAAAACCACACACCCACACAUAAAUCCCCAUACAUAACAUGCACACACACAAAGAGGCAAUUAUUUUAUGAGACUGCCAGAUGAAGCCCUUGAUUCUGAGAACACACAUGGGGUAAUGUGGUAGUGGCAUUCAUUCAGUCUAUUUAUUUCAUCAUCCUGGAAGAAACUAUAUAGUUCAUAGAGCACUGUAAAGGAUUGUUUUGGACACUAAGUUGUGGGGAAAUAGUGCCUUACUAUAUGUGGGUUGAGCUAUGCAGAAGAUGAGUGCAUGAUGACAUCUUAUCUUUUCUUUGUGCCCUCCCUUUCUUCCCAAUUAAUAUUUAUUUUGUGUUUUGGUGAGGUUGCGGGGGGGAGGGGUUUGACUGUGCACACCUUUUUAAUAAGACUCUGGCGUGUCUCAGGACAAGAGUAGGGUAUUCUCAUCAAGCUAAAUUCACAUUUACCUUCCUCUUUUGCUCUCGCUCUUAUUUUGGUAAUGCUCUGAUGCAACACUGCAACUUUAUGAAAUCUUUGUAUGAAAACAGACUGAAAAACACUUUAAAAAGAAAUAUUUCAUUGCAUGUUUAUUAUGCAAGUUUAAAACCAAGAAACAAAAAAUAACAACCUUCAAAAGCAAGUUGAUCAGCGUGAGAAAAACAAUCACAAUAAUUAUACUCAUAGUAAUAAAGUGUUGUGGGCUUUAUUGUACAUUUGGAAUCAGUGUCAUCAGCCAACAAUGUAUAUGUUAUGAACUUAAUGGUAGUUUUGAUUUAAUUCCUUUUUCUCUUUCUUUCAUUUUUGCCACCUGUGAUCAAUAGUGGAGUUAAAGAUUUUCUUGUUAGACCAUUUUUUAAAAUCAUAGCUGAAGCAAUAUCCAUUCAGGGAUUCCAUUUGGUCCAUCAUGAAGCACCAAUGAUGUGUACAUCACUCCAUUUUGAGUCCUUUUCAAUUGUAAUGGCAGUCUUUACAAAUAAAAAGAGAAAUUCAGAAUGGAAGCUAGGUGGUUUUGCUAACAUUUGAGCCUUUUCUUACUGAGUUUACUAGUUAAUACCU